CGUAAAACUCCGGUGAUGGUGGGAGGGAGUCAGCUGGAGAACGCGAAUCCGCUCAUUUACCGACGGGCGGGGGAGCGGCAGGUCACAGCGCAGGAGGAGGAUGAGGACGCGCCGGACAGAAUCGAUGACCGGGAGAUCUUUGAUCUAAUUCGCUGUAUAAAUGACCCGGAACAUCCACUCACACUGGAGGAACUAAACGUGGUUGAAGAAAUUCGAGUGAAGGUAAGUGAUGAGGAGAGCACGGUGGCUGUUGAGUUUACCCCAACCAUUCCGCACUGCAGUAUGGCAACACUGAUCGGCCUCUCCAUCAAAGUGAAGCUCCUGCGCUCUCUGGCAGAAAGGUUUAAGGUGGACGUCCAUAUAACUCCCGGCACCCACGCCUCAGAGCACGCCGUGAACAAGCAGCUGGCCGACAAGGAGCGAGUUGCAGCCGCCCUGGAGAAUUCCCAUUUGCUGGAAGUUGUCAACCAAUGUUUGUCCGCAAGAUCCUCUGCUUAAUUUGACGGUUCUGCCGAGGGGGUUAUGGGUACCCAGCAUGCACUCCUGCCGCAGAUUUAUCCCUAUAUUUAUGUAACUAACCAGAGCCAAUCCAUUCAGGAUGUCACUUUAAUUUCCCAGUCCUGUUCUGCACCCACGCAGCAGUCUCCACAACAGGAAUGGUAGAUUCAAGUUAACCCCUGAAUGGGUUUAGUAUAUUCUAUCAGUACUGAUACCGAACUCGUUUUCUUUGAGAUUAAAGGUUUUCUUUUUGUU